CUGAUAGGAGCUCUACAAAAAAUCAAUACCUCUAGUCAUGUCGGUGGUGAAUUAGAAUCCACAAUAUUGAUGACCUUCAACCGAGGUGCUAACCUCUGUAGAUGGGUUCAUAGGCCUGACUGCCCUGAGCUUAUUGUUCAGUUCAAACGGCUAUUUGAUAAAGCCUUUGGAAACAAACAGAGGAACAACAGUGAUGCACAGACCUCAGAAGAGACGGCAGAACAUGCCUAUCACACUUUCCAAGGAAUUACCUAUUCUCGUUCGACCACUCACCUGGGAGGGAGCUUAGUCCUUUACUACCCAACAACUUCUUCAAGUAAUCCCAUUGCUGGCAGCAUCCAGAGGAUUGUUACUGAACAUGGUUACACAUCCUUUUACAUCCAGCGACAGAAGCCCCUUCCAAACGCCUCAGUUUUUGACCCCUUUGCACGAUACACUUCUUUUCCUGCCAAGGUUUACCUCUCGGACAUGAGCGAUGAUCCUGAAGAUAAAGUCUCUCCAAAGUCCGUCUUGUGUCAUGUUGCACACUACAAUUUCUCCCACAAAUGA